AUGUGCAGGAAGUUAGCAAUAGCAGUAGGAGUAGCAAAUGUAGAAAAAUAUAUAACUGGCAGUAGCAGCAGAAGCAGUAACAGAAGAAAAAAGGUGAUAUCGACCAGUAGCAGUAGCAGUAGCAGCAGCUGCAGCAAUAUCGGUUGCAGCAGUAGUAGAAGUAACAGAAGAAGCACCACUGACACUACUCCUGCUGCUUCUGCUGUUGCUGCUAAUGCUAAUUCUGCAGCCAUUGUCACUACUCCUGCUACUUCUGCUGUUGCUGCUAAUGCUAAUUCUGCUUCUGCCGCUACUGCUGCUGCUACAACAGAUUCUGCUACUGCUGCUACGUCUAUUGAUACUACUGAUACUGCUGCAAGAACAUUAGUGAAUUUGAAAGUCCGGGACCGUAAAAAUCUGAAGCUUUGA